AUGGCCUCCACGCCUGCUCUGUCGGUGCCCAGCCAACCCAAGCGAACCGUCGUGGGAUUUGGCCCUGGAAGUCUCACCACCAAGGUUGGUGCCCGUCUGCCUGCCCAUGAAAGAUUUUUUUGCUUGCGCAUCGCUCAGACCAUCCUCGCCGUCCCGCAGACGGACAAUCCCGGCCCUGUAGGCACGACUGGUCGCAGCCGCGAAGUAUCCCUCUCCUCCAAUCCCUCUGUGAGCAGCAUGGGUGAUAGCAUGAAGAAGCAAAAACAAAUCAGCAAGAGCCUGGCCCGCCAAAAGGUGCCCGAACGUGAGACAAAACAGAAACAAGUUUCCUUCUUUUCACAUCUCAAGCAAUACGAGCACUCGGCCAGCCUGACCCAAUUUAUCAAGUUUGAUCGCUACCCUGCUGUUCAUCCUGCAAUCCUGCGUCUGGGCCUGCAAAUGUCCGAGGGGCUGGUUGAGGGAUCUACCAUGCGCUGCGUUCAGCUUCUCUACGCCAUCAAGGAACUGGUCAAGGAUUAUAGCACACCCGAUGGCAAGGAAUUGUCCCGUGAUCUCACGCACAGCCUCAACCCCGCCAUCAGGUUUGUCGCCAUCUUCAGACUUUCGUUUGUUGCCAUACCCAACAUUUGGCCCGUACUCACUUCGCAUCUUCUCCUGCAUUUGACCCGAAGCUUUCUGACACAGUGCCGACCAUUGUCCACGUCCAUGGGCAACGCCAUCAAGGCCCUCAAGCGCACUAUCAGUGAGGACAUUCCAGCUGAUACGCCCGAGGCACAGGCCAAGGACAUUGUGAUUGAGUGGAUUGACAAUUACAUUCGCGAAUGUGUCAUCUUGGCGCACGCCAUGAUCUCAGAGCACGCCUGCAACAAGAUCAACAACGGCGACACCCUGCUCGUUCACGGUGCCUCUGUCCUCUUGAAUCGCGUCUUGCGUGAUGCUCACAAAGCUGGCGUUCAAUUUCAAGUCGUGGUCGUCGACUCUCGUCCCUCCAUGUCUGGCCGCAAGACUGCUGAAUAUCUUGCGACUUUGGGCAUUCCUUGCACCUACAUUCUCAUCAGUGCCAUCUCAUAUGUUAUGCGCAACAUCUCCAAGGUCUUUCUCAGCGCCGAGGCCCUGCUGGCCAACGGCUACUUUACGGGCGCCAUCGGCAGCAGUAUGAUUGCCAUGAUGGCCAAGGCCUACAACGUACCCGUUCUGCUCUGCUGCGAAACAUACAAGUUUUGCGAGCGUGUACAGACCGACUCGAUCGUAACCAAUGAGCUGGGUGACCCCACGGAUCUGGCCAAGGCACCCGACAACCAAAAUCGACUAGUUGGCUGGCAGGACGUGCCGAGCCUCAAACUUCUCAACCUUGUGCACGACCUGACGCCUUCGUCCUUUGUCGACAUGGUGGUCACCGAAAUUGGCAUGAUUCCUUGCACCUCAGUACCGGUGGUGCUUCGCGUGCGCGACGAGCAACGUCUUUGA